GCAGCCCAAUCAGAGCGUACCGGUGCUAAGCUGACCGGAGGAGGGCUGUGAUUUUCAGCACGGCGCUCUCUUGCAUUUUAAAUCCCCAGUCUGCACAAAAGGGAUAACGAGAGGUUCCAGAGGAGGAGGAGGUGGAGGAGGAGAGGGCAGGGCAGCCUUUCUCCAGACAGCAGCGUAUUUCACUCAGUUGUAACAAGGAAGAGAGGAGGCACAGAGAGGAGGAGGAGAAGCAGCACCCUUCCUAACACCUGCUGAAAGCUGCUGUGGGCCUUCCCCGUCUCAGCCUUUUACCUUCUUUGUUUUGAUGCUCUUUUCAUCCUCUCUGAUUUCCUCGUCUCUCUGACCCGUUGCUUUUUUGGGGCCUUUUACUGGCUGCUGGAACAAAAGCUACUGCGCCUUUUUCCCUCGGUGGUGUUGGCUUUGCCUCGCAUCAGCUGAGUCAUCAUGUCUGAUCUGACGCCUCAGAGCGAAACCCCGACCCCCACCACUGACAAGAUCACCCAGGCUGCCCGGGAGACCAUUUAUCUCUGCAACUUUCGCGUGUCUGUCGAUGGCGAGUGGCUUUGCCUUCGCGAGCUCAACGACAUCUCCCUUACCCCAGACCCAGAGCCGGCCCAUGAAGAUCCCAAGGAUCCCAUUGCAAUCGAAAGGCUUAACUUGAUGAACAUGGCCAAACUGAGCAUCAAGGGCCUGAUCGAGUCUGCUCUCAAUCUCGGGCGCACACUUGACUCUGACUAUGCACCUCUCCAGCAGUUCUUUGUUGUGAUGGAGCACUGUCUGAAACAUGGUUUGAAAACCAAGAAGACCUUCCUGGGGCAGAACAAGUCAUUCUGGGGGGCGUUGGAGCUCGUCGAGAAGUUGACGCCUGAGGCAGGAGAGAUCACCGCCAGUGUAAAAGACCUCCCUGGCCUCAAAACUCCUCUAGGAAGAGGGCGUGCCUGGUUACGACUGGCCUUGAUGCAGAAGAAACUGUCAGACUACAUGAAGACCAUCAUCAACAGAAAGGACCUGCUCAGUGAAUUCUACGAGCCAAACGCGUUGAUGAUGGAGGAAGAGGGAGCAGUCAUCGCCGGGCUGCUCGUUGGACUAAAUGUCAUUGAUGCCAAUCUGUGUAUGAAGGGAGAGGACCUGGACUCUCAGGUCGGGGUGAUUGAUUUUUCAAUGUACCUCAAAGAUGGUGGACACAGUAGUAAGAGUGCAGAGGGCGAUGGUCAGAUCACAGCGAUUCUCGAUCAGAAGAAUUACGUGGAGGAGCUGAACAGACAUUUGAAUGCAUCAGUGAAUAACCUCCAGGCCAAGGUGGACGCUCUGGAAAAGUCCAACACAAAGUUAACAGAAGAGCUCGCAGUGGCAAAUAACAGGAUCAUCACUUUACAAGAAGACGUGGAGAGAGUAAAGGAGGAGAGCUCAUAUCAGCUGGAGUCCAGAAAGGCCUUAAGAAGUGACUCAGCACCAGAUGGACAAGCCCUGGGUGAAACACGCAAGCAGCUCAAAGAGGAAACAUUGCUUCGAUUGGAUGUGGAGAAGGAGCUGGAGGUGCAGAUCGGGAUGAAGCAGGAGAUGGAGCUAUCCAUGAAGAUGCUGGAGAAAGACAUCUGUGAGAAGCAGGACGCUCUGGUGGAGCUCAGACAGCAGCUGGAAGACCUUCGUGCCAUCAACCAACAGCUUACCCACAAGUCACAGAGCGCAGAUGCCAGCUCUAAACAGAAGAGUGAAGGCAUCGCUCGCCUGGAGGAGAAAAUAAAUCAGAUGACAGGGACUGUGAAACAGAUGGAGACCAGAUGCAAACAGGCUGAGAGAGAGAGGGAUCUGGCUUUAGAGGCCAACCGGCUCUUCAAACAGGACUUUGGAGACAAAAUCGACAGUCUGCAGGUGGAGGUGGAGCAGCUGAGGAAGCACAGGUCUAAUCUGGAGCUGGAGCUGAGAAAAGAGCGAGAGCGAAGGAGUGAGCAUCAUUUCGACACUGCGUCCAGACAGUCCACCACUCCUCGGAGGGAGAGGAGACACCCAGAGAACAUACCAAAAUGUCCCCCAGAGUCCCCAUCAGUCAAAAGGGACAGCGACCAGUUACACACAGGAGCAGAGGACAAAACAAGUCUGAGUUCCAGUUUGUCCUUGUCACACCAUGAGGAUGAACAGGACGACUCAUUUGUGGAGAUCAGCGAGCCUUCCAUCUGUACGAUGUGUGAAGAGGACGACUCCCUCCUGAAGACGAAGAAACAGUGUAAGAACUGCAGUGGGGUUUUCUGUGAGAGCUGUGUGACCAAAGAGCUGCCGUUACCUUCCUCCAUUCUCCCAGAGACUGUGUGUACCGCCUGCUUCUCUCUGUUACUCCAACAAUAUGCUUCAACGCCAACAUGAAACAGCUCGGCAUUUUACUACAAGACACAAUGAUCAGACACAUGGACACCAGAAGCAUUAAUCUGUAAAACUGGCACUGCAAAAAUGCACUUUUUGACUUUUCAUGACUCAACACGUUGAAUGAUGAAAGAUCUGAUGAAGUCCUGUGAGUUCUGAACUUGCAUUAUUUUAGUUACUUUAAGUCAGCGAUGUCCAGACAUUUGCUGUUGAGAGCUAUUUGUAUGCAGGUUUUCAUUUUUCAAAUACAGGUGUAGCCAUAAUUCUUCCUUUCUGAAAGUGUGUGUUGAGCUGCUGUGUUACCUUUUUCUAGUGAAAACCUGCACUCAAAAAGCUGAAAAUGGUGCCUGGUUGGAGAUAACUGAUUCUAAAAAGACAACCUCAGUCUCAUGCAUUUAAAAACUGAAUUUCCACAAUGUCCACUGGGUGGAUUAUUGAUUAAAAGGUCAACUGACAAAUAUUUUUAACCUCAGUUUUAAAAGAUGAAAACUUUGUUUUGGCCACAACUGUUCUCCAUUAUUGAAACUUUUCAUUAUGUCUCUCAGACGAAGCAUUCAUUUUCACACAUCGGGUUCAGGGCGAUACUGACACUUUUGACCAAAUUAUAUUAUACUACGAUAUUAAAUGUGUCAGUUUUUUGGGAAACCCUGUAUGUGCUGUGAAACACUUUUUAUACUCAAAAUUGUUCAAAACAAUCCAAAAAAAUAUUCAUACAUUAGUCAUACACUUGGUCUAAUGUGAUUAAUAAAAUUGUAAAACUGUAAUGUAGAACUUAGGACCAGGAAGAGACAAAUAUUGAAGUUUGAUCACAGCGAUAUGAUAAGCAAAAUCCUGGACUGCUAGACUAUAUCUAGUCUCUUAUCAUGAUAUCAAUAUUAGAUGAACAUAUCAUCCAGCAUUGGUGUUCAGACUGUAGAAAAGAGUUGAUUUUGCUGUUCAGUCUUUAUGUGAAAGGAAUGGUUGGACAUUUUGGGCAGUGUGCUUAUUCUAACUAAAUGCUCUAAGCACCUGUUAAUUGCUGGCUGUUGCUUUGUAUCUGCCGUACAGACUUAAGCAUAUUUCCAAAAAUGUCAGACCAUUUGAGUUCACAAAGCUGAAUGCUAUGGGUAUUAUAUUUCUUUACUGCUGAUUGUGUUCUGUAUCAGUUAGAAGCGGCAUUAACAAAAAGGGCUCAAAAUCAUCUCCUGCUGACAAUAUUUUGUCCGGUUAAUCUUGAGGUGUGGCAGUUAAAUCAUAAAACAGUCGGAUAUUUAGAUUUUAGUCUUUUCUCUGGAUAAUCUAACUCCUUUCUGGCCAUUGUAACAUAUUAUCGCACUUUUAAAUGCAUGGCUUUUCUGCCUGUCUGGUUUGAAGUGGGCAUAUCGGGGCAUCUUUAGAACAGCUAUUUUUAUGUUUUGUUGGUUUUUAUGAAGAAUAAUUAGAAGCUUGGUAAAAACCAGUUAAAGAUUUAUUCAUUCUUGUUGAAGCUAAUUAACACGUGAGAUGGAAAUGCUUCUUAGAUCGACAAUAAACUUUUAUUAAAUUUU